GCUGCCGCCGCUCCCCCCGCGCGUCCCAGGUGUAACCGGAGCCGGGAGGGCGCGGCGCAGCCACCAGCACCUGCGGAACCUGUCGGGCGGCUCACAGCGCUCCGCUGCCGCGCACGCACCGCUCCCUUCUCCGCCCGCGUCCCCGAGGACUUUUUCCGCCGGCCUCUCCGCCGCCCGCCCCAGCCAUGAAGCCGCUCUGCGGGGCUGCGUUCCUGCUGCUGCUGCUCUGCGCCGCCGCCGCUGCCCAGAGCUCGUGUAUCUGCGAGAAGAACAAGCGCGUCAGCAGCUGCAGGAUGGACGGCAGCGGCCGAUGCCGCUGCGAGGCCAUCGGCUCCGGAGUCACCGUGGACUGCUCCACCCUGACUUCGAAAUGCCUGCUGAUGAAAGCAGAAGUGGUGGGCUCCAAAUCGGGUCGUCGUGAGAAACCAAAAGAUGCCUUUGAAGACACCGAUGGUCUCUAUGAUCCUGAGUGUGAGAACAGCGGCGCUUUCAAGGCGAAGCAGUGCAAUGGAACCACCUGUUGGUGUGUGAAUACAGCUGGGGUCAGGAGAACUGACAAACACGAUGCAGACUUGAAGUGCAAUCAGUUAGUCAGAACGAUGUGGAUCAUCAUUGAAAUGAAACAUGCUGAGAGAAGUGCUCCUCUGAACGCUGAAUCUUUAAAGAAGUUUUUCACAGAUACCAUUACCAGUCGUUACCAGCUGGACGGCCGCUACAUAACCAGUGUUCUGUAUGAAAACCCUUACAUCACUAUUGAUUUGAAGCAAAAUUCCUCAGAAAAAUCCAUUGGCGAUGUGGAUAUAGCUGAUGUGGCCUACUACUUUGAGAAGGAUGUGAAAGGUCAGUCCAUCUUUCAUAAUAAUGCUGGGCUAAACGUCAGCAUUGACAACGAACCCGUGAAGCUUGAGAAGACCGUGGUCUACUACGUUGAUGAAAUAGCACCGGAGUUUUCCAUGAAGUCUCUGACUCCCGGCCUCAUUGCUGUCAUUGUAGUGGUGGUAAUAGCAAUAGUGGCUGCAAUUGUUGUCCUGGUCCUGACAAGGAGGAGGAAAGGGAAAUACGUGAAAGCCGAGGUGAAGGAAAUGAACGAAAUGCACAGAGGACUGAAUGCUUAACUAAAUCAACUGAAGACAAGCCAGAUUCAAGCAAGAAGACACCAAAAACAUUGGAGGCAUGAAUCUUAAACUCUUAAUUUCCUCUUGAAAGGGAGGCAAUUGUGCUCACUUAAUGAUUGUUAAAACUCUGAACAACCAAGACUGGUAACCAUUCAACUACUUUUACUAUUUGUUGAGAGUUAAAUGCCCCAUCUUACUCAAGUAAAAUGUAACUAUUGCUCCCUGAUUUUAUUUUUUUUUUUUUUAUGAUGAUGAAACGAGUUGACAACUGCUGUUACUAGGGUUUUGGAGCAUACAUGCCUAAAUGGUUAUUUUACCCUUGUGGGAGUUUUAUUGAAAGUAAUGAUUUUGUAGCCAUGUUGUAAUGAGACUGUCUCCUGUAUAACUGAACACAACGUUUUUAUGGCAGUUUGUACAUAUUUGAAGUUGCUGUAACUUUUUUAUGACUUGAAUUAAUAAAACUUUGAAACAGG